AUGAAAAGUAGAAUUUGGUCAGAAUCUAGAGUUUACACAAAUGUAAACAAGCAAAGAGAUCAAGAAUAUUGGGAUUAUGAAAAUACUAUUAUUGAAUGGUCCACUGACAAUUUAAAGGACUAUGAAAUUGAGACUAAAGUAGGGCGGGGUAAAUAUUCUGAAGUGUUUCAAGGUGUUCAGAUGAAAACUGGAAGUAAAAUUGUUAUAAAAAUGCUGAAACCAGUUAAGAAAAAAAAGAUUAAGAGAGAAAUUAAAAUUUUAAGUAAUUUGUCAAACGAAGCAAUACCACCAACAACUUUAGCUUUUAAUAAAGAUAAUUAUUACACAAAUAGAAAGGAAUAUGCCAUAAAACAGAUAAGACCAUAUAUUUAUGAUUUACCACAUAAUGGCCAUGAAAAUAUCAUCCAAUUAUUAGAUAUAGUCAAGGAUCCUGUUUCACGUACACCUGCAUUAGUCUUUGAAUAUAUUAAUAAUUAUGAUUUUAGAGUACUUUAUCCUAAAUUGACUGCUAUGGACAUGAGAUACUAUAUGUUUGAAUUAUUAAAGGCGUUGGAUUAUUGUCAUUCGAUGGGGAUUAUGCAUCGUGAUGUUAAACCACAUAAUGUGAUGAUUGACCAUAAACAAAGAAAAUUAAGAUUAAUUGAUUGGGGCUUAGCAGAAUUUUAUCAUGUUAAUAUGGAAUAUAAUGUGAGAGUAGCAUCAAGAUUUUUUAAAGGUCCUGAGUUACUAGUUGAUUAUAGAAUGUAUGAUUACUCUUUAGAUAUGUGGUCGUUUGGUACUAUGUUAGCUUCUAUGAUAUUUCAAAAAGAGCCAUUCUUCCAUGGUAACAGUAACACGGAUCAAUUGGUUAAAAUUGUGAGAGUGUUAGGUAGUGAAGAUUUUGAAAAAUAUUUAAAUAAGUAUGAAAUUGUACUACCAAGGGAAUUUCAUGAUAUGGAUCAUUAUAUUAGAAAACCAUGGUAUAGAUUUAUUAAUGAAAAUAAUAGGCAUCUUUCCGAUAAUGAAGAAAUUAUUGAUUUAAUUGAUAAUUUGUUGAGAUAUGACCACCAAGAAAGAUUAACAGCUAAGGAGGCUAUGGGUCACCCAUGGUUCGCUCCAAUUGCAGAACAAGAAAAACAAUUACAUAAAAUAGAGACGGUUGAAAAUGCUAAUGACAAUGAUGAAAGAAUGAAUUAA